AUGCCUCACAAACCCCCAACAAAGGAGGAGCUAGAGCGCCGCAAGAUUGUCGGCAUCAACGAGGAGACCAUCACCGAUGUAGCAUCCUCCGACUACCCAUUGCACUACCCCGGCGAGGAACACAGCUGGGACAUUGACGCUUUCCGACGCGGAUUCAGCAUCCAAUUCCACCACAAUGACCCUUUCGAAGCCUCCUUCUCCCUCAUCGGCAUCGACGCCUCGAUCGCCAACGCCUUCCGCCGCACCAUGAUCGCCGACAUCCCGACCCUCGCCAUCGAGACAGUCUUCAUCAACAACAACACCUCCGUCAUCCAAGACGAAGUCCUCUCCCACCGCCUCGGCCUGAUCCCCUUCAAAGGCGGCCACGAAGGUCUCCACAAGUUCCUCAAGUGGUGGCGCAAACCCACCGACGAAACCCUCGUCAACAGCAGCUACUACGACUACAACACGGUAUCCCUCCGCCUCGAGAUCCAGUGCGAACACAACGACAAAGCCGCCCCCGGCGAGACCGACCCGACCAAGCUCUACAAGCACGCCCACGUCUACGCGCGCGACAUCGAGUUCUGCCCCGUUGGCCGACAGGACCGCUACUUCUCCGGCGCUGACACCAUCGCCCCCGUCAACCCGGACAUCCUCAUCGCCAAACUGCGCCCGGGCCAGGAGAUUUCGCUGUCUAUGCACAUGCACAAGGGCGUCGGGUCUGACCACGCCAAGUUCUCUCCCGUCGCUACCGCUUCCUACCGCCUCAUGCCUGUCAUCAACAUCGAGCGGCCCAUUCUCGGUGCCGACGCCGAGAAGUUUGCCCGCUGCUUCCCCCGCGGUGUUAUCGGGUUGAAGAAGGUGACGGCCAAGGAGGCGGCGCAAGAAGGUAGUGGGUAUGAGGGCCACGAGGGUGAGGUCAAGGCUGUUGUGGUUGACCCGAUGCGCGAUACUGUGAGUCGUGAGUGCUUGCGGCAUGAGGAGUUUAAGGGCAAGGUCAAGCUUGGUCGGAGGAGGGACCAUUUCAUCUAUCUUGUUGAGAGCACGGGCCAGUGGGAGAGUGAUGCGAUCUUCUUGGAGGCUGUGGCGCACUUAAAGAAGCGGGCGCGGGACUUGGAGAAGCAGGUUGUCAAUAUGGUCCGGUAA